CGCAUUAAUAAAAAGGCGAUUCCUUUCACUUGUAACUCAGUUGAUAACCAGAAACUGCACCGAAAACUAUGUUGGCGGAUAGUGCAACUCUGACUUUAGUCAUCUUUGUGGGUACGUCUGUAGUGCUUAUUUCGGUUUCGUCUUCAAGUUUGUCGGAAAUUAAACCGAUAAACAACGGACAUAUUGUGACGCCUUUGGGAUGCCACCGUCGUGUAUACACGUAUAAAGUGACACAGUCUGAUCUUCAAGGACACGAGUGUUGGGACUAUGUAAGCGUUUGGUCGUGUUGGGGACGAUGCGACUCAAGCGAAAUUUCCGAUUGGAAGUUUCCUUACAAGCGUUCGUUCCAUCCUGUUUGUGUCCACGCCCAGCGGCAGCUGGUAGUAGCUAUCCUGAAGAAUUGUCACCCUAAAGCAAAGGACAGCGUAAGCAAGUACCAGUACAUGGAGGCAGUGAACUGUCACUGCCAGACGUGCUCCACACAGGACACCAGCUGCGAAGCUCCGGCCAAUAAUGAAAUGGCUGGGGGCAGCAGGGCAAUCAUGGUAGGCGCCGAUACCAAAAACUUGGACUAUUAA